AUGGCACUUUGUGGUAUUGCAACUUAUUCUAAUUCAUGUUUUUCAGUGGUCAUAUUAAUGAUUCUCUUCUUACAUGGCGUUAAUGUUCCCUCCUGUUUUGGUUCUUCAGAACCAGAACUGCUGCUCAAGUUUAGGGACUCGUUGGAAUACGGAAACAACAGUACUACGUUUUCCAAUUGGAAUACAUCUAUUUCGCCGCCGUGUUUCGGUGACCGGUCCAAUUGGGUUGGAGUUACCUGUACAAAAGAAGGCAAAAUCUCGGGCUUGAUACUUGAGAAUAUGGGACUGAAAGGUCUUAUUAAUGUGGAUGCUCUUCAACAGUUGCCUGAUCUCAGAACCCUAAGCUUCAUCAACAAUGACUUCCAUAGUACUUGGCCAGAACUGAACAAGCUAGCGGCUAUCAAGACCUUUUAUCUUUCGAAUAAUAAGUUUUACGGAGACAUUCCUGCUCAGACUUUUCAGAGUAUGAAUUGGUUGAAGAAAGUUCAUUUGGCGAAUAAUCAGUUUUCUGGUCAAAUUCCCACUUCAUUGACCAUGUUACCUAAGCUUAUGGAGUUGAGAUUAGAGGGAAACAAAUUCAGCGGCCGAAUCCCCAAUUUUCUACAGGAGGACUUGAAAUCUUUUAGCAUUGUGCAACACGAGAUUCAAUUUUUUUAUGAUGAGUAUGUAGGCAAUGAAGGCUUAUGUGGAACUCCAUUGAGUGCAUGUAGUUCUUCCAAAAGCCCCUCAAUCAUCACUAUUGUGGUGAUUGCCAUAGCGGUGGGCGUGGCAGUGAUGAUCAUAGGGUUACUAAUCUUUCUCCUCCGUCGAAGAAAAAGGCGGCAGCCAGCAGAGUCAGUGGAGAAUCCACAAUCAAGCCAGAGAAAGAAGACUCGUUUCAAGGAAGUAGAUGAAGGAAGUAAUCACUCAAGAGCAUCACAAGUUUCCAACCACAGCAAAAAAUCAGAGAACAUGAAGUUGUGCUUUGUUAGAAAAGAUAGAGAGAGAUUUGAUUUACAAGACUUGCUAAGAGCCUCAGCUGAAAUUUUGGGCAGUGGUAGCUUCAGUUCUUCCUACAAGGCUGCCUUGUUAAAUGACUCAAUGAUGGUGGUGAAGAGGUUUAAGCAAAUGAACAACGUCGGGAAGGAAGAGUUUCAGGAACACAUGAGGAGGAUAGGAAGGUUGGAUCACCCUAACUUGCUUCCUCUAGUGGCUUAUUAUUACAGAAAGGAGGAGAAACUGUUGGUCACAGACUAUGUUCAAAAUGGUAGCUUGGCACUUCGACUUCAUGGACCCCAAGAUGUAGGCAAGGCAGGCCUGGAUUGGCCAACCCGAUUGAAGAUUGUGAAAGGAAUCACAAAAGGUCUUGAAUAUCUCUACAAGGAACUACCAAGCCUGGUUGCACCCCACGGACAUCUUAAAUCUUCAAAUGUUCUUCUUACUCAAUCUUAUGAGCCCCUUUUAACAGACUACGGCUUAGUUCCAGUAAUGAACCAAGAACUUGCUCAAGACAUGAUGGUCAUUUAUAGGUCACCUGAGUAUAGCCAAGAGGGUCAGAUUACAAAGAAGAGCGAUAUAUGGAGUCUUGGAGUUCUAAUUUUGGAGAUAAUGAGUGGGAGAUUUGCAGGUAAAGGAGGAGAAAUGGAUUUGGUUAGUUGGGUGAAAUGUGUGGAGCCAGAAGAUUGGAGCAGUGAGGUUUUGGAUAAAGAAAUGGGAGGAACAAGGAACAGUGAAGGGGAGAUGGUGAAGCUUUUGAGGAUUGCCUUGUGUUGUUGUGAAGAUGAUGUUAAUAAGAGACUUAGUUUAAAAGAAGUGGUUGAGAAAAUUCAAGAAGUGAGGGAGAAGGAUCACGAUGAUGAUUUCUAUUCUUCGUAUGCUAGUGAAGCAGAAGUUGGUUCUUCAACUGCAAUGUCUGAUGAAAUCAAUUUCCCCAUAAAUGCUUGA